AAACUCCCCGCAAGUUGUAGCGUGUCCCCAGCUGAUCCCCGAAGCUAGAGAAAGAAAACUCGAUCAUAUUAUCGACAAUUUCACGCGUAAUCGCGAAUACUGCCUUAUAGCAGUACCGUCCGUCGUCAUUCGUAAGCCAAUUCUUCAUAACUGUGCGGUGCGGGGAGUUGUGGAGUGUCUGACGCGCGAGUUUACCAUCGGCACUCUGGGGAGGUGUGUCGCUUCGUCCAGCUUCAACAUCUACACUGCCGAUCUGACGGCUGCGGCAACGCUUUCACUGUCAAGUGCUAUGCGUUAGCGAGACAGCACAAGCUCUUAAGAUGGUUCGCCAGCGAGACAGGAUGUACUCCGAGUGGCUGGUGCUCCCCGUCACCGAAGAUGCGAAGGAGCGCAGCACCAGCGUGCUCCAGAAGUUCCCGUGCGCGGCUGGCCGCAACGUGGUCGCCGCUGUCCUCCACUCGCUGGCUAGCAACCUGGGGAUCAACAUCGCCAAGUGCGAGCCCAGCACCUUGGUGUCUGACAUCGAAGUCAACUGGUGCAUGGAGGUCAUUUGCUUCGGGCUGCGGCUGCCACUCGCGGAGCACGAGGCCAUCCGGGACUGUGUCCACGUCUACUGCGAGUGGAUGCAGGCUCUGACGCAGCCGAAGCCGUGCGUUCCCAAGCCGGUCCAGGACGAUGCCAACCAGUACUUCAGGAGGAUGCUGCGCCACCUGUACAACCUCUUCGAGCCUCGCGAGGACAGCCAGACGGACAUGAUCAGUCGCCAGGCUGUGCUCUGCCACCAGGUGCUGAGGAGGCUUCAGACGGUUGCCCAGGAGUCGACGAAGAUCGAGAAAGAGACGUGGGACGAGAUCCUUCGCUUUUUGCUGGCUGUCAACGAUGUUCUAUUGGCACCACCAUCCAGAAAAGAUGACAUGGGUAGCCACAUGUGCGAGCGCAUCCUGACGGCGCUGUUCGAGGUGUGGCUGCUGGCAUGCAGCCGUUGUUUCCCGUCGCCUAACCUGUGGAAGACGUUCCGCGAGCUCUGCUGCACGUGGAGGCAUCGCGGGGCACUCGUCGAGCAGUGGAACCGCAUCAACCUUGUUCUGACAGCCGCCAUGCUGCGCCUCAUGUACGGACACCACUACCCGGAACUCAAACUGGAAGACGAGGCGGUGAGUCUCGCCGCGGAGCUGAGCGGCGAGCAGCUGGCCCAGGCAUGGUACCGCUUCCUACACGUGUUGGGCAACCCUGUGGACCUGUGCCGUCCCGAGCUUGUGAGCCAGACGCCCGGUUUCUACAGCCUUUUGGAGGCCAGCGACUCCAUCGUCGACCCGUUCCAGAACCCGUGCCUGGCUGCGCUGCCGCACAUCUUCCACAGGGCCAUGAUGGGCAUUGCCACCCUCGUCGAUGCUACCCUGGGCAUAAGCCCCGUUGCGGCGGAAGAGGACCACCAGAAGCUGACGUCCCACAGCAGUUCCUCUUCUGUGGGAAGCGGGUCGGUGACUUCGAACACCGGUUCGGGAACAACCACGACACCUCCACACCAGAGGAGGGGGGCCACACGUAUGACCGCCAUCUCGAACUUGAAAGCAGGCAUGUCCAAGCCGGGCGUGUUUUCUAACAUCCGCGCGAGCACAUCAUCAGCGUUGGCACCGGCGGCAACAACGGGAGCGUCACUCGCCGCGGCUCCGCUGGUUCCGCCGCCGACGCCCCCAGCCACUGCUGCGCCCCAGCAGCUAAGGCCAACGCCCGCUCCAAUGCGGCCGCGCUGCAACUCGGUGCUGCACCUGUACGGUGCGUGGCUGUUCGAGGCUGCACUCGUGGGGUCUGAACUGGACGCCCAAGGCAGUUCGGGUCUUGCUCAAACUGAUGGCGCCGAGAGCAGCAUGCACUCCCGUUCGGGAUCACUGCUCGAGUCCGGCGGAAGCGGGAGCGGCAGCACUCGCAGUGCCGCAUCUGCCUCGGGAGGCGGCUCGGCAUCCUUUCCGGGUGUGCCUGAGGCCAUUGAGAUCCCACCAUGCCUCAGUGUCGAGAGCUUCGAGGCCGGCCAGGCCGAGGCCGUGGGCACGCUCUGCCGCCUGUUUUGUUCCAAGCGUACAGGCGAGGAGAUACUGCCCGUCUACUUCUCCCGGUUCUACCUCGCCCUGCAACACUGCCUCGGCAGCAUCGAGCUGCGGAGUCAGGUGGUGGCCAGCAUCCUGCUCAACUCAUGCAACCUCUUCCGCCAAGACCUUGAAGGAGUCAACGUCCUGCUGCCGCUCUUCCUGCAAGCUCUCGAAUCCGUCUUCUGCGCUGAUAAGGAUUCCAAGAUCAGGUCCCUUCCCAAUGUGCCCCAGGUUGAACUGCGUUGGGCUUCAACGCAUCUAUUGCUGUCCAUGCUACCUCUGCCAUUGCACUACGGGAACCUCACUUUGAAAGAUUUUGGCACAAACCAAUCCAUCACAUUCCAGUCACUGCGAGCACGGCUUAUGAACCUGCUGAUUGGUGCGUUACAGAUAGAAACGGAUUCGACCAACACUCAGAUGUUGCUUGGUGGCCUGCUUUUCUGCGUCCAAGAUGCGACGGCUUACGAAGAAGCCAACCAGGUCACGCAGCCGGGACCAUCCGGGGGCCAGGACAAUGCCAGCAUGACUUACUCUAACCUCCUGUGCUCAGAUGACGACGUGUCGGCGAGAGAAAAGUCGUGCAGCGCAUCGUUCGACUCUGACGCCGAAUCCUGGUUGAGCUCAGAAGACUGUGAUUCUGCCAACGCUCUCUUUGUACGCUCCAUCUACCUCGUCUGCCACCGACUGAUUUCCUCCUGGAAGACUGACGUCCACGUUUCGCUGGCCGCGCUUGAGGUGCUGUCGGGACUCGCGAGAAUACGCCAGCCCCAGCAAGACUCUCUCGAGUGCCCGCGUGCCGUGAAGUGGAUCUGUGACUUCAUCGUGUACCAGUGUCAGCGACCGCCGCCGUUCCACUCGCGCGACCUCCACUCGACCAUUGUGGCGGCGUUCCAGUGCCUGACGGCGUGGCUCAUGGCGCACCCGCUCCUCAUGCAGGACAAGGAGACGGUGCACCAUGUGCUCGAGGUCGUCGAACUCGGUAUAUCAGGAUCCAAGUCGCAGCCCAAGGUAUCUGAUGUGCCUCAGUUGAAGGCCGAGAAAGAGCUCAAACCCUCCUCCCUUCGUGUUCGAGAUGCCGCUGAGGCUCUCUUGUCGUGCAUGAUGGACCAUGUGGGCUAUUUCCCGAAGAUGGCCGGUCCAGAGACCUUGUCCUCGUUGCUCGACGAAGAAGCACUGCUGAAGUUUGGGAACGCUGACGCCACGUCGUCGCUGCCGGAGGCCGUUGGCAAGCACUUCCGCUACUUCGUCUCGCAAAACUCUGCCGUCAUCGCUGUUCUGGAACAAAACCUUGGCAACGACCAAGGUGCACUUCCAACAGUGACACUCUUGGUGAGGGUUCCUUUCGGGAGGCAUGCUUGGACUAUGCAGUUGCGCCAUCUUCCACGCCACAAGUCUGGUGCACGAAGCGCUGCUGCGAACCCGGGUAGGCCUCUGCCCUGUUACGAGCCGGCGGACCGAAGCCACCCCGCACCGUCCCUUUUCCCCGAAAGCAUCGCUGAAAUUCCCACGUGCGAAAUCGACAAGAGCAUACCGGACCCGACGUCACAGACGCUGACACGCGAUGAGGCCCAAAUGCUCGGCUUUCUCGACCAACAAGCCAAGAUCGAGAAGAGCAUCUGCCGCCGUUACGAGGAAGACAUGCUGGAGCAGGACUUCCCAGAUCCAGCAACGGACUGCCAUGCUCCGAGUGUCUGUCAAGAGUUCCAGACUGCGCGCCUGUUCUUGUCUCACCUGGGGUUCCUCUGGGACGAUGUCACAAAGGUGGCGGGUACCGGAAACGGCCAGCCGCUGAUGGCUCUCAACCAGAACCAGGCGGGGUUCUACAGUGCGCUUGACAGUCUCGACCGCAUCCCGUCACGCACCAACGACACCGUGUUCGUCUUCUACGUCAAGGAGGGUCAGGUGACCCCUCUUGAGAUACUCGGCAAUGUGACAAGCAGCCGCAAUGUGCACCCCAUGUUCCUUGAGUUCCUGCGAUCGUUGGGCUGGCCAGUGGACGUGGGAAUGCACACCGGCUGGACCGGGAACGUUGCCACGUCCUGGCGAGUCACCAGCGGUGAUUUCAACAUUGCGGACCUACCAGCAGAUCACGGUGGCAGUCUGUACAGCGGCCACCAUCAGGUCCUGUACUGGUCGGACGUGCUCUCCGAGCUAGUGUUUGUGGUGCCUUCGCCCAAAAACCUUCCUCGUGACGUCGCAUCCGGCGAAGUCACCCUCAGGCCGAAAGCGGACAGCUUUCCCGAGCGGUCCACAACCACCAUGAUGGGAUCGCCGGUGUAUGACGGCAUGUCAGCCAGUGGGGAGUCCCCGCAGGAGAAGGUUCAGCGUGCCAUGUCUCUCAACAUUGACAGCUCAGAGACAGUGACACGACCCGCGCGGUCGCGACCGGCGCGCAUGCCCAACGUGGCACUGGCUGAACUCAAGGUGCUGGUUGUGUGGCUCGAGAGCUUCGAAGACCAUGUCUGCUUUCCCCUGAGUGAACUCCUGCCAGCCACAAAUACUGGCCAGGAGACUCCAUCUGGGCGUGGAGACGUGUUUGUGAUAUUCGUGCAUGCCCUGCAAAGCGGCUUGUUCCGCAUAAAAGUGCAGAGCCGAGGAACCAAAACCAUGCAGGCGUUGCCGCUCGUUGACGGCAUGGUCGUCAGCCGCCGAGUCCUGGGCGUCCUCAUCCGCCAGACCGCUCUCAACAUAUGCCGGAGACGACGGCUAGAGGCAGAAAUGUGUCCACCACCGCACGUGAGGCGCCGGAUGAAGAUUCAAGAGAUAGGAACCAAGUUCCAACAACCACAGGGGCAGCCAGAACUUUACGAGCAACUCUUCAAGAGCACACACUGAGUUAAUGUUCACCGGCAACAGAACUUAGGAGCGGCAAGGAUUUCCAACAUUGUGCGUCUGUUCCGGAUGUCCCUGCUGCCGCGACUUUCAGUAUUCGGGGAGAGCCGUACCACGUGGGAGUGCUCGCAGUGCCGUGAACGUCGAAACGCGACAAUCGGUGGUCGUGCUGUCAUUUCCAAGAUAGCUGGUGCACGACUGUGAUAUGGGGAUGUAUUCUAGCGUGGCUUUACGAGACGAAGGUUAACGUUUUUAUGCCUUCCUGUGGAAGGACAGCUGACCUGUAGCUGGUCACUGCGUGGUGUGCGUAUAGCAGCCGCUCACCCUUGUAGUAGUUUACGACGAUUACCAUCUUGCUAAUCGGCGUAAGUAACGUGGCUGCCACUGUGGGCAUCAGUGACGUGCAAUUAUUCUCUGUGUAUUAGCAUAUUACGGUUUCAUGAACUCGUACCCAUCCGUUUAUGCGCAGCGCACUUUAGAAUUGUUAGGCGACGUUUAUUGUACGAUAACACUAAAAGCAUUCCCACUGAGUAUGUAACAUUAUGGAUGAAUGAGAUUCAAAUAAGAUGUGUCGCACGUAAAAACGCAACGGAAUGCAUGAAUUUUGUGAAUAUGUUUUUUUACGGGGUUUGUUUACACUUACACCUGUGAAGCAUUGGUGUAUCGAAUAUCACAGAUGUAACCAUACACAGCACAUUUCCGCUAUCCUCAAACACAAUCAUGAGGUUGCUAUUUUAUGAUUACAAUCUUUGUGUUCUUUAAUCUGUCCACGAUAGCGUCAUGACGCAAUACAAAGACGUCAGUUAUGUGUCUGUUAUUUGGUUUGUACUUAACAAUUUCUCCUGACAUGUAGGGCAUGGGAAUGUACAUGAUUACUUUUAACACUAUCAGGUGUCACCUAUGAAAACUGUCUAUUGAUGCGUCAAAUUUUGCAGCCAUUAUUUCAAGGCACUCAAUAUUCUGUUGCAACAAAAAUAAUCUCGUAAUAGUAUGUUGAUUUGUCUUUUAUAGUAAUUGAUCGCAAUUAAAUUGCAAUUCAAUGUCCAGU